AUAUGUGUAAAUAAAUUGUCUUAUAUUUAUUUUCUGUUAAAAGCGUAUUUGAGAGUUCAAAGGAUCAUUCCAAACUCAUCUACAUCUAUUUAAUAAGAGUGAUGCGCAAUCUCGGCUCAAUCUAUGGUCUAUUUGUCAGCAAGACCAGAGUACGUUGCAGCAGUCGAACCUCAACCAAAAGAGGGGAAAAAAGUAAUCCAUUUGACACGGCAAAACAAACGUCGGACGCUGGGUUCUCACACACAAAGGCGCGGCGCGGCGCGGCGGCACAGGUAUCCGCAUUCAAUGAACGUUACCAUGCAGAAAUUCAAUGCGGACGCAAUUGUGUUCUAAUUUAAUUUUCGCUUGUUAUUAUUGGGAAUGCCUAAGCCGUAAACCCGUUUGGGAAUGUCACAGGCAGGCCUACCCCACCACCAAUUGGGUGUAUAAAACGAUCGAGCUGAUUGGGAAACAGCAUCAGUCACUGACAAACCAACCAACCAACCCAAACAAUUCAACAUGAAGUUCCUCAUCUGCUUGGCACUCACCUUCGCCGUUGCCCAGGCUGGCUUCCUGGCUUCCUCUCCGGUUGCCACAUACGCUGCUGCUCCAUCCUAUGCUGCCACCUAUGCCGCUGGCCCCGCCAUCACCUAUGCUGCUGCUGCUCCGGCUUAUACCACCUACGCUGCUGCUGCUCCAGCUUACUCCACCUACGCUGCUGCUGCUCCAGCCUACACCUCUUCAGUGUACGGUGUCCGCUCCUAUGCGGCUCCUGUGACCACGUACGCAGCUGCUGCUCCUGCUUACACAUCCUAUGCUGCGGCUGCACCGGCGUACACCACCUACGCUGCUCGCGCCAUUGUCAGCCCCUUCCUGAAGAAGUAAACGCUUAUUCUUUGCGUAGCUUCUGAAACAUUCAAACAACAUGACAACCAAAUAAAGAAAGCUCGUCUAAUU